AUGCUAAAAAAUGGUCUAUGCUCAAUCUUAGAGUUUUCUUUCAUCCGAAUUGAGGUUCCGUUUCAGAUUUAUCUUUCCCUCUUGUCUGCAGUCGCCGCCUUCUUUCUCAGCUGGACUCUUCUCGAAAAGACAAUUGGGCAGCUGAGAGCUGAUUGGCUGACGGAGGGUUCGAGUCCCGACCGGGAAUAUUGCAAAAGAAAGCGGACAAAGAAGUCACUGACCCUACAUUUUUUGCCGUUUUUUGCAAGUCCACAACAAGCUGCCCGGCCAUUUUGCAUUUCCAUCCAAGUCAGGGUCGUUGGACCGGUGCUUAACGGAUCUGAUUUGUCCUGUCUGUCGGUACAGAAGAGGCUAAGACGUGUAUCUGUGUGUAUACGAUGGCUUGUAAUGCCAUUGGCGCACAGGCAAUACUGCUUCCAAGACGAGUUCGUGUUCUGCCCGACAGGGCCAGGGAAUAGCCCUCAAAUCGGCCCAUUCUUUCUUACGCGUGAUGCAUACUACUUAACAGCUACUCACAAGUUUGCACUUAAAUUGAUAGAACAGGCUGAGAAAGCAGGUCAUGAAGUGACCUCGUCGAUGACGGAUCCUUCUCGGCUCUGUCGGCCAUUUUAA